GCCUUCUUCACACAGUAACGAAACAACCUUUUACAUCGGUCGUCAACCACUCUCGAUUCUGGUCAUUUUGGUCAAGACUGAGUGACGGAGUUAGCUACAGCCAUGGCUAACGACUCGGAGGAAAUCAGAUGGAUUGACUGAAUCCGGGCUACAAAAUUCAGAUAAAAGUCCUGCCAGAAAUUUUGAGAUGGAAAAAGAUGGACUAUUGUAAGCAGCCAUGAUUGGUCUUAGAGGUGUCACGAAUGAGAGUCAUGGGUCUGUCGUCUAACAAACUCGUGAUAAGCUGGAUUAUAAUAACCGCGGUUAUAUUUUUCCUCAUGGCGAGAUUUUUCGUAAACAGGACAGCGAUUUUACAGUUGCCAUUGGAGAGAAGUUUGGCGGUAGAAUACACUGAAUGGCCGGAAUUUACAACCAAGACGCGAUAUACGAUGGAAUGGUACCGAAAUAACUGUUUUUCCAAAGACCUCGAGGACGUGGAAGAAAUUUUCAACAACCUGAUACCACAGUGGUCGCAAUCUGACCUGGAAGGAUGCAAGGACGCUUACAGGCAAUUUGACCUCAUGUAUAAAAUCAACAUUCGCUUUUCGCCGAAGCUUACGUUUCCAGGGAGCUUUGGGUACAAAGUGAGACGAUGGCUGGGAAACGACUCUGAUCUUCUCAGAAAAGUGCACAAUCAGGAACUAAUCUACGUGUACCAUCCGCUGACAUCAGAACAUGUCAUGUACAACACUCUGCGUUCCAGUCGGCCGAUGCCCGGACCCCCCGUCAAUCUCUACGAGUGGGUGGACAAGCAAUCGGAGGAGACCAGACAGAACUGCGAUUUCUGUAGGCCCCUCGAAAGCACCGCCAUGGACGUCUUGGGAAGGAACAAGAAGAAACACACAGUCAGGGUAAGCAACACCUUCAGGCUUGAUCGCUGGCACACAAUGGUGAUCCCUUACAAGCAACAUCACCCUCUGAAUUUCACUCUGCCAACUUUCCUCGCUCUCUUCGACGAAUGCUGGAAUGUCGCCAAGGACAUGCAGGCAAUAGACGUUGAUUACAUAUACCCAAACCUCGUUUGGGAUUCCCUCUAUCAAGGAGGAGUGUCGCAACUUCACCCUCAUGUCCAUAUCAUGAUGGUUCCCGACCGUUAUUAUGGUUUCUUAGAACACUUGAGGACGUCCGGACAACAGUACUUCGACGCAGAAGGCGACAAUUAUUUUUCCACGCUUCUGGAGAUCCACGAGGCCUUGGGCCUUACUAUUCACUAUGGAAAUAGUGUGGCCUUCCCAACUUUCGUAGGGAAAUCGGAUAUGGAGGUAAUGUUUCUCAGUGAAUCUCCAGGAGAAGAUUUCUACCGCUUGAUUUUCUACACAGUAAAUGCAUACCACGAUACUUUCGUCCAGCUUUGCAAAGGAUUCGCCGCAGCUUAUCCAGCCGUAGGAAAUUCCCAGAGAGCGAGAUUGGGGAGAAUACCUGUCGUGGCCAGACUCAUCUCCAGAGGGGACUGUGUCUCCCCGAGAGUCGACUACACAACUUGCGAAAUCUUCCAGCAAACAUAUCGGAGUCACGAUCCCUGGCAAGUUGCAAGAGCAAUUAGAGAAGCAGUCAAAAAGUACGACGGAAGAGAAUGACGCAGAAAGUACAUCAGACCGGCACAAAAUUAAUUUACUCUGCACUGUUGACAAUUAUACAGUAUAUACUGGAAUGGUUUAUCCACCCAAAGUAUAUGCCUCAAGCUACACUGUAUCCACACCUCAUAGUUUUCCCUCGCUAGAUAUGUAUCCCGCCAAAAUCAGGGAUUGUCCCAUAUUUAUGACAUUUGUCCCAUGUCCCGUAUCGACCCUCCACGGGACACCUUUUGUCCCGUAUUUUCAAUAUUUGAAAAGAAAAUUACAAUAUACUAGUGAAAUUUUUGCAAAAUACGGGGUAAAGGCGACCGCCCAAAAUUGGCAACAGUGCAGUGGGCCGAGAACAAACAAAUCUGUCCUUGGUAUUUGAUUUUUUAAACAUAAGGCAGCAUGUCCGACAAAAAGUGCAACAAAAAAGUGAAGAGAAAAUAUGUACUUUUAGACCAGAGUGGCAAAAUUACAGUGAUUUCAAGCAAUGGCUUCUCCCCCAAAACAACAAAAGCGGAGCAUACUGCAAAUUAUGCUCGAAGAAUUUUAAAAGCAUUACGCACGGUUGACUGAGGGAUGUGCGUCGGCAGCACAAAUCAAAUAAACAAAAUAAACAAGCAGCCUCAGCGGCAGCAGUGUUAGGAAUAAGAUCAUUAUUCCCCGCAAAAACUUCUACAGAGUCAGAAAAGGUAUGAUAUAUAUAUAUAUAUAUAUAUAUAUAUAUAUAUAUAUAUAUAUAUAUAUAUAUAUAUAUAGUUCAACUACCUCUCCAAUUUAGGUGUCCCUUAUUUCAAUUUUCAAAAUCUGGUCACCCUGCCCAAAAUACCGUUGGUUUGUUUGUUUGUAUGGUGUUUUUACGUUGCAUGGAACCAAUGGUUAUUCAGCAACGGGACCAACGGCUUCACGUGACUUCCGAACCACGUCGAGAGUGAACUUCUAUCACCAGAACUACACAUCUCUGACCCCUCAAUGGAUUCACCGAGAAUCGAACUCGCUGCCACCGAGGUGACAGUCAAAGAUCAUACCAACAACCACGCCAAUGAGGGGCUAAGGCAGUCAGUAGGCACAGAAAGACGGACUAUGACUUACUCGCCAUCGCCCUCCUCCACCCACAAAAUUGGUUACCAUUUCAUAGGCGAAGCAGGAUGACGUCAUAAGCGUUUUAACGAUGGAAGCGAAUUUGGUAACAAACAGUGGUACCAGAUGAAGUUGUAUAUACCACUAUUUUUACUCUGCUCAAAGGCCGUGUGGACAGUUUCCUCGAGGUUUGGCAUUUGCCCCUCGUGUGGAAGGGGCUUUACUCAAGUGUUGUUAUUAUCUCUUAAAAUGAUACUGUAACAUCAAACCAGUACGGUAUACCCAAGUCUAUUCUGUACCCGAACGACUUCCCUAUUACCUCUUAUCACCCUAUGAAAUUAUUCCAUAGAUGUUAGAGAAUGAUUAACGUCGUGUGGUUUGUAAUAUUUAUUUUCCAGUUUAUCUUUCAUUAUUAGUCUCUCUGUAACUCGUUUUGAAUACAUUAUUUUUGAAUACAUUACAAACCUCCCUUCUCUCUCUCGCCUUAAUUCUAGUCCUGAUUUAUUAAUGAUUGUGGAAGAUCAUUUAUUUAUGUGGUUAUUACUCUUCUUGUAUCUGUUUUGUAUGUAAACCGGGACGCAUUUUCAAUGCAAUAGUUCAGGAGAAAUAAACGAACCAAUUUAC